AUGUUAGAAGCGUGUAUACGUCAAGGAGCUUUAUUAAAAAGAGUCUUUGAUGCUAUUAAAGAAAUGGUUCCCGAAGUUAAUUUAGAGUGUACACCUUCCGGAAUACAAUUACAAGCCAUGGAUAAUUCCCAUGUCUCUCUUGUGAGCUUAGACCUCAAAGAACAAGCUUUUGAAACGUAUCAAUGCGAUCGUUCCAGAUCAUUAGGACUUAACAUGGUAGCCGUUUCUAAAAUGUUUAAACAUUGCGGCAAUGACGACGCAGUAAUAAUUCGUCAUAUAGAUGAUCAAGAUAAAAUAUCAUUUGUAUUUGAAGCUACAACUGAAGAUCGUGUCUCCGAUUUCGAUUUGAAACUUAUGAAUAUUGAACAAGAACAUCUUUCUGUACCUGACUCUGAAUUCCCUGCUAAAAUUACACUUCCUUCAAAACAAUUCCAACGUAUUUGUUCUGAUUUAGGUCAAUUUUCGGAUUCAUUAACAAUUGAAGCAAGCCACAAACUUGUUAAAUUCUCGGCAUCUGGAGAUAUAGUAGGAGGAAACAUAACACUACGACCACGUGAAUCCACAGAAGAACGUGUUGAAAUUGAAACUGAGUCCCCACAAUAUAAAGUACAGCUUUCAUUUGCUGUUCGUUAUCUCAAUUACUUUAGUAAAGCAGCGCCGUUGGCUAGUCAUGUGCAAUUAAAACUAGCCGAUAAUCUUCCUUUAGAAGUGACAUUUUAUUUAAAUGAUAACACUAAUGUUGGCCGUUUACGUUUCUAUUUAGCCCCGAAAAUGGAAGAAGAAUCCGAAUCUCAGAAUGCAGCCAGCUAAAGUUUUUUCAGUCUUAUCAGUAUUUUGACCACUUUAAACUCUUAAUGUGUGUAUAAAUUUUUGUAGUCACUGUCUUCAUGUAAUGAUUUGUAUACGUACUGUAGACUCAUACUGUAAAGCUUUGAUAGAAAUACUACUGUUAAAAAAAGAAAGUUUACAUUGAUAGUCUACAAGUUUGAAUAGUUAAUUUUUGAAAAAAUUGUUGCGUUAUUAAUGAACAUUUUUGAAAGGUAAUUUGUGUGUUGAAAUU